AUGAAUCUCUAUAAUUUGCAGAUAGGUUUGAAAUAUGGCUGUCCAGUUGAAGAUGUGAUCACUGGGCUAUCAAUCCAAUGCCGCAGAUGCAGAUCAGUGUAUUGCAAUCCCACAAGGCAAGCUUUCUUAGGAAUAGCUCCAACCGCACUGUCUCAGACACUUGUGCAGGUCUCAAGCCGUUGGCUCAUACCAUUUGCAUAUGUGAUAUUUGCCAAGUACACUUGGAGCUGUGUGGAGUUAGCCAAGGUUUCUGAUGAAGAUGUUUCACAUAAUUACGAGAAAGAGGUUAUGGAAUUUGGAGCAUUGUCUCCAAUGUUUACCAUACUGGCAACACUUGCAUUGCUCAAUUUGUUCUGCUUUCUUGGUGUUGUAAAGAAAGCAAUCAUGGGAGAGGGCAUGACAAAAGUUUAUGAGACAAUGCCUUUGCAAAUUCUUCUGUGUGGGGUUUUGAUUCUCAUCAACCUACCAUUGUACCAAGCCCUUUACCUAAGGAAGGACAAGGGAAAGAUGCCGAGCUCCAUAGCCUUUAAAUCAAUGGCAUUUUCUGUAUUUGCAUGUAUAUGCUUUAGAUAUUUGUAUUGA